CUACACCCGGUCCCUGAGCCGACGCUGCCCGGGGGAACGGGCAGCCCGGUGCGGUGUCCCGCGAUGGAACUGGGUCGGCUGGAGUAUCUGCAGGCGCUUGUCACCGAGUUCCAGGUGACGGACAGCACAGGUAACAAACGGCGCUGCUCGCUCGGCCUCUCCGUGUCGAGCGUUUCCUCACACACCCGGCCCUUUUCCCUUGCAGAGGCCAAGGAGCAGGUGCUGGCGAACCUGGCCAACUUCGCCUACGAUCCCAGCAACUACGAGUAUCUCCGGCAGCUGCAGGUGCUGGACCUGUUCCUCGACAUGCUCACCGAGGACAACGAGAGCCUGGUGGAGUUUGCCAUGGGUGGCCUUUGCAACCUGUGCUUGGAUAAAACGAACAAAGAGUACAUCCUGGAGGCCAACGGGGUGGAGCCCAUCAUCAACUGCCUGUCGAGCUCCAACGAGGAGACCGUGGUGUCGGCCGUGACCACGCUGAUGUUCCUGACGACGCCGCGGUCGCGCGCGCAGACCACGGCGCUGCCCGUGGUGGAGUGCAUGCUCCGCUUCUCGCUCUCGGCCAACAGGCGCCUCAGCAACCUGGCAUCCAUCUUCCUGCAGGAUUACUGCACUCCUCCCCAGGUGGAGGAGGCCAGGAACCUCAGCAGGCACACGGCAGUGGGGAUUCCUCUGCCCAAGGACUGAGCAGGGCUGUGGAGGGGGGAACCUCCUGCUGUUCUCGCUUUCUGCUCAGCAGGGCAACAACAGCGUUAAAGAGGGGAGUUGGUCCCACCAGUGCUGGUGUUUAGUUAAUAAACAGGAUGGAACAGCACUAACAUGGCAGCUGGGCCAAUAGCUAAGCCUGCAAAUAUUUAAAAUAAAGCAGGUCAUGGCUGCACACUGGAAAGUACUUUGCCAAGUGCAGCUCAGCACCCAGCUUGCACAAAUAGCCCUUUCCAGCAAUGAGGGGUGUUCUGCUUGGGUUAUUGGGUAGAAUUACAUCCACUCCAGUUUCUGGCUAGUUGUGCUGCACCUCUCCCCUUCAGUAUCCAUGACAAGUGAUGCUAAGUGUCAAGUCACUGAAAUGUCACAGAAAUCUCUUCUUCCUGCAGAAAAAGGAGUUUCCCUGCCCUGGCAGUUCAUAAUCUCUCCAUCUCUGUGGCACUAGUUAUGCCGUCCUCUAACGGCAGAGGCAGCCAGUUAGGCAAUCACUGCAUAGGGCAGGCUGUAGCUGCCCUAUAAAUGAAGAACUAGUAGGUUUGUCUUUCAUUACAACUGGUGAGAAAGGUGAAGAAAAAAAAAAAAAGGGGCUCAGGGCAGUCUGGCUCAUGAGAACAGCUGUCUUGUAAAAGCUUCUGUUAAUAAAACAUUAACUUAAAUGCUGUGUAA